CAUAGAUCCACUGCCUGAUUGUCUGAUUUGGUUUAAAGAUGUCUGCUGGGUUCUUCGGUAAGAGACAGGAUGUCUCAAAGAGUUUGGAGCAGACAGAUAGACAGCUUCCCUGGGUUGAGAAGUACCGUCCAAAGAACCUGGAUGAGGUGAGCGCACAGGACCAUGCUGUCACGGUGCUGAAGAAGACUCUUGAAAGUGCCAAUCUGCCACAUAUGCUCUUCUACGGGCCACCAGGUACGGGUAAGACAUCGACGAUCCUAGCCUUGACGAAGGAACUGUAUGGCCCUCAUCUAUCUAAGUCACGUGUGUUGGAACUGAACGCCUCCGAUGAGAGAGGUAUAUCCAUUGUUCGUGAAAAGGUUAAGAACUUUGCACGUUUGACCGUGUCCAACCCGUCUAAGGAGGACCGUGAGAAGUAUCCGUGUCCGCCUUAUAAGAUCAUUAUCCUGGAUGAAGCUGACUCUAUGACUUCAGAUGCACAAUCAGCGUUGAGAAGAACCAUGGAGACGUAUUCCGGUGUCACCAGAUUCUGUCUCAUUUGUAAUUACAUAACGAGGAUCAUUGAUCCCCUGGCAUCGAGAUGUUCAAAGUUCAGAUUCCGUCCUUUGGAUAAUCAAGAUGCCUUGGAAAGGUUGAGACAUAUCCAGGAACAGGAAAAUGUUUCAAUUGAAGACGGUGUCCUGGAAGAGGUGUUGAAGAUUGCUAACGGUGAUUUGCGUAAGGCCAUCACUCUCCUACAAUCGGCUGCUAGGCUCCACUCCACACUGGCCACUGCUGUAGAUGAAGAAGGCGAUGUUGAUGCCACUGACACUGCAGACAGGGUCACCAUCGAUUCCAUCCGUGAAAUUGCUGGCUCUGUUCCAAAGAACGUUCUGAAAUCCUUGCUAGAUGCUGCUGAAUCCAAACAAUUCCAAAAGAUCUUCAACUCAGUGGAGGACGCGGUGAUGGAAGGUUGGAGUGCGGUAGAAAUCGUCAAUCAACUACACGAUGAAAUCAUCCUCAACGACUCGUUCACCUCGGAACAGAAGAACAAGUUCUCCAGAGCCCUCUUUGAAACCGAUGCUAGAUUGACAAACGGUACAGACGAGCACAUUCAACUGUUAAACCUCGUUACAAAGAUCUCAGAAGCCGUCUGAUGAAGUGAGAUGAAAACAAAAUUAAUGGGUUCAUUUAUUGUACUUUCAACUGUAGAUCUCCCUU